AUGGCGGGCGCUGGGGAUAUUAGGCACAUAUUGAAGACUGUGGCUAGGCGUCACGUGGACGAGCCACCUUUGCAUUUUUAUGUGCACGAGUCGUCUCCGGAGACCAUCGCACGGCAUAUCUUUUUCCUGGACCUCGUCACUAAUCCUGCACUGACUAUUCGGGAACGCUGCGAGCUCUUCCUCUCCUUGUAUGCAAAUUCACUGGUUCGUAAGAAAGAUGCCCGUUAUCUGGGCGAGCAAGUCGGUCGACUGCAGGCCUUGGUCAGCGGUGAUGCUGAAGACGAUCCUUCUCUCAGUGGUCUGAGCAAACUCAUUGAUCUCUCAACCCUCAAGUUUAGGGACAGAGAUGAUGUCCAUGAGGCCAUUGGGUUCUGGGGGGAGUCGGUGGAGUUCGAUGCGAGGAGCCUGAGAGACCAACGUCUGAGGGGUUAUUACAAGACACGAUACGACCACCGGAAGAAUCUCCUAGAUUGGGACUACCAUAAUGGAAUCAAGCCCAUGGCUCCUGCAGUACACUGGCAGAUAUCGAAUGAGCAAUAUGUUCAUAGCAGCCACGAGAUUGCUGAUUUUAAUCUCGCAUGCAUAUUGGCAGAGAUCGCCACUCGACAGGUCAAGAAAUUGCCUCCGAAAAGCAAAGACGAAGACUCCUAUCCGUAUAAGAGCCCGCUGGAGCGAGUGAGGUGUACUGUGGAGGAAGUCGAUGAUGAUGCUGGAGUCACUGAGGGCGUCAAGGAGCGGCUUUUACCGCCCGGAUUCCAGAAUGUGCGUAUACACUUCUUGUCGGGUAAUCUGAGCAGCAACAUACUGCAGAGGCAGAGAUAUAAGCGGUAUUUUGACAGGAUAUAUGUCGGUUGCCUUGAAGUCAAUGGUCUCAUGGGAGAGGAGUCGGGACAAGCUUUUGCGGAGGCCAUGGUGACGGGAUGUGGCAGCAGACUUUCCGUAGAGGCCUUCAAGCAUCAAGUGUGUUUGUCGGGCAAGCAGAAGUUGGCCGUCAGGAAGAAGGUACAAGAGGCAUGUGAGCGUAUUGGCUUGGAGCCUGUGGCUGAUCACAUGAAGGCUCCUAGCGUCACUGAGGUGCUGAGAAAACUGAGACUAGGUCUGCCUGGCGAUUUUAGGCAGUGUUGUGGUAUAUUGUCGUCGACAGAUGAGCUUCUAUUGGAGCCUUAA